AUGCAAAUCUUCAAUUGGGACAAUGAGAAUGAUGUUUUUGUUGCAACGAUCGCAAGUUUGGUGAUGUUCCGCCUGACUAUCAAGGUUAUUGCCGUCGGCAUGAGCUUCAAGCAGACCGCGUUGGGCAGCCAAGGAGGAGACAAGAUGUGGUAA